AUGAAAUAAGUGAGUUGAUACAUUUAAGUGUGCUGUAUACCCUUCAAGAUAUCCAUAGAAAUAGGCCUCAGCAAAAUCAGAAUUGAAGAGGGAAACACAUUGCCAAAGAACCCAAAGACUCCCAAUGGAUCUGGCUAGCGCAAUCUGUCCAUCCAUCUCCAGCCUGUCAGCAAAGAUGCCUACGAAACGUAUCACCGUCGCAUUAAACACGAACCAAUCCCAAAGAGCGCCCUUACUCCUCCCACUCACCCUUUCUCGCAAUCCAGCCGACAGAGAAUCCUGUAGAGCGCUUGUAAUUAAGACUGCGCAGACCAAACUCAAGUUCAGGAAAGGUAGCCGAAUCUUCGUUUUCCGCGACGGACGAGAGCUCCUCCAAGAGCAAGACUGGCUCGAUGCACUGCGAGACGAUGUUAUACUUCUUGUAUCUGCAGGCGAGGGGUAUGUAGGGGUGAGGAAGGAGCCAACUCCUGAAGACGGGCCUGUGCCCAGUCCAGAUUGUUCGAUCCACGUACUCGCGAAAAACGCACUAGUAGAUUCACAGUCAAUCGCGCAGAUUGAAAAUACUGUACGGACCUUACCUGGACUUGUGCACGCUUGUGGCCAGCCAGAUCUUCAUCCUGGGUCGAAAUACCCGAUCGGUGCGGUGUUUGUGUCCAAGCGAUGGAUUCAUCCGCCGUUGAUAGGAGGUGACAUUGGAUGUGGAAUGUCUUGGUAUAGAACCACGCUAAAGAGAUCACAAGUCGACGACGACAAAGGGAAGAAGGUAGGCGAGAAGCUUCAUGGGCUUGAGGGGCCAUGGCGGUCACAGACUGAGCGGGAGGCCUGGCUGACGGAAGGGCAUGAAUCACAUUCGGCUGGUGCGGAAUGGGAUGAGUCACUAGGUACGAUUGGGGCAGGCAAUCACUUUGCGGAAAUCCAAGUGGUUGAGCAAGGCUCAUCAGCUCUACUAGAGAAUGAAGUGAUUCUACUCGUACAUUCUGGAUCUCGUGGAUACGGAGGUGACAUCCUCAAGCGAUACACCUCAGCUUCACAAGACAGCCUACAUGAAGAUGACGAGAAGGCGAAGGCGUAUAUGAAGGAGCACGACCGCGCUUGUAAUUGGGCAAAAUGCAACCGAGACUUGAUCGCGCUGAGAUUCCUCUCUUGUCUCGAACCGGGAGAAGACGCGUGGGCAUUGGGUCAGAACAAGUGUCAAGUUGACUCCGACAUGUCUAUAGCUGACGUCAAGAAGACUCUUCAGCAGCGCAAAGUAGUUGACAUCUGGCACAACAACGUCGAACGAACGAGAUGGCCUCCGCGAAGCCCAGAAUGCAUAGACAUUCAGCAAGCUACCUCGCUAGCGCUAUCUUCGGACGCUCCCACGAUCGUUCCAGGAGACGACACAAACAAACCGUUAAACAUCCUCCCGCUGCCAGGAUCGCGGGGAACACCAACGCUCAUUCUUCGACCGCGCUUUACGGCAAGCACGAAGUUUGGCCUCGACAAUGCUCUCUCGCUUGCACACGGUGCUGGACGCAGCAUGUCCCGCGCGAACGCAUACCUGGCGAUGACAAACCGAUGGGGCAAGGCAGAGAGGCUCACCGUCCCCACCUCUGUAUUGUUCCAGCGACCUCACGCAAAAGAUGGAUCUGACAUACGUGGUGGGACAUGGGUCAUUUGCGACGAGAAGCAGCUGGUGUUCGAGGAAGCACCGGAGGCGUACAAGGACGUGUACCGGGUCGCGGAAGAUCUGGUUCGAGCAGACGUGGCUGAGGUAUUGGGCUGGUGUCGGCCGCGAGUGAGUUACAAGGUCAGAAAUGAAGGGAGGUAGAAAUUGUGAAGGAGAGCUUUAUUGCAUAUAUGGACGGUUUCACUGUGAUGAAAUUGCUUGGCAAUGGUUGUUCGAGGCUGGUUGCGGGUUUAAAACAGGCUACAUCGUUCGUGGCUUGCGGUUCUCCCUGGA